AUGGGGAAGCUCAUCCGCCUCGAGCUGUUUAAUUUUAAGUCAUACAAGGGCCAUCAUGUCCUUCUCUUUGGCGAUGCCUACUUCACCUCAAUCAUCGGACCCAACGGAUCUGGAAAAUCUAAUUCGAUGGAUGCAAUCUCUUUCGUUCUAGGAAUCAAAUCAUCCCAUUUGCGAUCGAUGAACCUUCGUGACCUUGUUUAUCGCGGCCGUGUGCUGCGCACAUCGAGAGUGGAUGCCGAUGGUAAUGCUAUAGAUGGAGAACCAAACGGGGAGCACCAAGCACAGAAUGGCGAUGACGUGGAACAGGAGGAUGCUAGUGGUUUGAACGAUCCGCGCACAGCCUGGGUGAUGGCUGUCUACGAAGACGAUGCAGGAGAGGAGCAACAAUGGCGACGCUCUAUUACCAGCCAGGGUGUCAGCGAAUACCGGAUCAACAGCCGCAUCGUGACGGCGCAACAAUAUAACGAGGCACUUGAGGCAGAAAAUAUCUUGAUCAAGGCGCGCAACUUCCUUGUCUUUCAGGGCGAUGUUGAGGCAAUCGCCUCGCAGUCCCCGAAAGACCUUACGCGGCUGAUUGAACAGAUAUCUGGAAGUCUUGAAUAUAAAGCCGAAUAUGAGCGCCUCAAAGCCGAGGCGGAGGAGGCUGCAGAACAACAGACCAUCCAGCUGAACCGUCGGAGAGGUAUUAACUCGGAAAUUAAGCAAUACCAGGAGCAGAAGCGCGAAGCUGAGAACUAUGCCCGGAAGGCGGAAGAGCGCGACCAAGCCAUCAUCACCCACAUCUUGUGGAAACUCUUCCACUUCCAACGCACGAUCGAUGAAUCUAGCGCAGAGAUUCUCAAGUAUCAAGAUGAACUCAAGGAAUUUCGCCGCAACGUUGAGAAAUACGAAAAGAAUGUCGAGGAAGCGAAGAAAGAGCACGCUAGAGUUGGUCGAGAUGUCGCCAAGGCCGAGAAGAACAUCACCAAGAAAGAAAAGGAUAUCGAAGAAGCGACCAACGCGCUCGUCCCGGUGGACGAGAAAGUCGACAUCACCAUGAAAAAGGUAGAACGAUUCGCCUCUCGGAUCGCCGAAAUCGGCAAAGAGAAGGAGGCACAGUCAUCCAAUGCGAAGCAGUUGGAAAAGGACCUCAAGGUUGUCGAAAAAGCUCAAGCUCAGUGGGAAGCCGAAUGGCAGAAAACCAUAAGCAAGCAGGGUGGCCAGUUGAGCGAAGCCGAUCAGCAAGAAUACAACAGGCUGAAAGAAGAAGUCAACAAGCGAUCGUCGUCGGAGCAAUUGAACCUUGACAACUUAAGGCGCCAGAGAAAAACUGAAGCCGAGGCGUGUAAUAGCCUCAAGUCCAAGUUUGAGAGCACCGAGUGGCAGCUGAAGUCCCUAGAGAGUGACGCGCAGUCUUUGUCCGAACGCAAGUCGACUAUUAAUGGCACGGUCAAAAGCACAUCUAAGGACAUUGAUCGCAAGAAGAAGGAGCUCAAUGCUCUCGCAUCAGAGCGACUACGCGUCUCGCAGAUGAGAACGGAAUUUGAGGAGAAACUCCAAGUGGUUCUGAAAAAGCUUCUCGAGGCUGACAAUGGCAAGAAGCAGUCCGAAAAGGAACUCAGAGCGAAGGAACUGAUUUCCACCUUGAAAAGAAUCUUUCCCGGCGUGAAGGGCCGCGUUAGCGACCUCUGUAAACCGAAGCAAAAAAAAUAUGCUGAAGCAGUUAGCACUGUUCUUGGUCGACAUUUCGAUGCUAUUGUUGUUGACAACGAAAAAACCGCCAAAGAGUGCAUUCAGCAUCUGCGUGAUCAAAGAGCUGGUCAGGCAACCUUCAUUCCUCUGGAAACCAUUCAAGUGAAGGCUUUUAAUUCCAACUUGAAGGGCAUGCACCGCGGAAUGCGCCCUGCAAUUGAGACGGUGGACUAUGAUGACUCAGUUGCACGGGCCAUUAGCUACUCAUGCGGCAAUGCCAUUGUCUGCGAUGAUCUGGCGACAGCUAAGUAUCUCUGCUACGAGAAGCAUGUGGAUGCGAAGGCUGUCACUCUUGACGGAACAGUGAUCCAUAAGGGUGGCCUGAUGACCGGUGGCAAGGGACCUCAGCAGACCUCGAAGCGCUGGGAGGACUCCGAAGUGGAGAAUCUAUACAAACUCAAAGACAAAUUGAUGGCGGACCUCACCAAUCUCCCCAAGGGUCACCGCAGGGGUACUGAGGAAGAAACUCUGCAGGGUGAAUUGGUUGGACUUGAGCAACGUCUCGCCUAUGCCCGCGAGGAGCUUAAGGCUCUUGAAAGAAACCUCGAGAGCAAGCGCAGUGAACUGGACUUCGUUAAGCGUCAGCUCGAGGAGCUGAGGCCCAAAUAUUUUGAAAGACAGGAGGCCUUGGAAGAGCUUGACCAGACCAUCGUAGCAUCGCAGGAGACCGUCAGCAAUGUUGAGGAUGAGAUUUACCGCAAAUUCUGCAAACGCCUUAGAUACAGCAACAUUCGCGAGUAUGAGAUUCAACAGGGCUCGUUGCAUGAAGAAGCCGCCCAAAAGAAACUGGAGUUUACCACACAAAAGAGUCGGAUCGAAAACCAGCUCAGCUUCGAAAAGCAGCGGCUCCAGGCCACGAGUGAUCGAAUCGCUAGUCUCCAAGCGCAACACCAGCGCGAUGAAAAUCUGAUCUCCGAGCUCCGAGCAGAACAGGACGAGAUCCGAAACCGUCUUGAUGAGUUCAAUGCCGAACUUGAUAUUCUCCGGGAGCGCCUUGAGGAGCAAAAGGAAGCGUAUGCCCGCUCGGCGGAGAAUCUCACGCAGCAUCGUCGAGAGCUUCAGAAGCGCAGCAAAGACGUUGAAGGAAUCCUGAAGAAUAUCAACAGUCUGGAAACAGAUAUCCAGCGCAAUUCUUCCAGCCGAUAUGCCCUUCUUCGACGUUGCAAGUUGGAGGAUAUUGAUAUCCCAUUGACCGACAACUCGAAUCCACUUGAACAACUUCCCAUUGAUGAGCUUGUUCAGGCAGCUGAUCCCGAUGCGAUGGACGUUGAUGACGAUGGUGCAGGAGGCGAUGAUCAUACUUUCAGUGUGCAAGACUACGGGAUCGAAGUUGACUUUGAUUCUCUGGGAGAAACUCUCAAGGAGGAGGCCGACGAAAAGCUUGAAGAGGAAUUGCUUGACAAGGUUCGAACCCUCAGCAGCGAGCUCGACAAAAUGACGCCAAACACACGAGCAAUGGAGCGCCUGGAGAGUGUCGAGAAUAAGCUCCGCAGCACAGAGAAGGACUUCGAAGAAUCACGCAGGCAUGCUCGAAAGACCAAGGAAGACUUUGAAGAGGUGAUGCGCCAGCGAUCCGACCUUUUCAACAGGGCGUUCUCUCACAUCUCGGACCAAAUCGGUCCCAUCUACCGCGAAUUGACAAAGAGUGCCAAUUAUCCGUUGGGUGGACAAGCGUACUUGGAUAUUGAGGACUCGGACGAGCCGUAUCUCGAUGGUAUCAAAUACCACGCGAUGCCUCCGCUUAAACGCUUCCGAGAUAUGGAACAUCUCUCGGGAGGUGAGAAGACGAUGGCGGCUUUGGCUCUGUUGUUCGCGAUCCAUUCAUACCAGCCGUCGCCAUUCUUCGUACUGGACGAGGUUGAUGCGGCUUUGGACAACACCAACGUUGCGCGGAUUGCCAACUAUAUCCACGACCACGCCGCCCCAGGUAUGCAAUUCAUUGUGAUCAGCUUGAAGACCGGGCUCUUCCAGAACAGCGAGGCCUUGGUGGGCAUUUACCGUGAUCAGGCCCAGAACAGCAGUCGGUCCUUGACACUUGAUCUUCGGAAAUAUAACUAG